CAGCGAUUUGAUAUUCAUAUAAAGAAAGAAAGAAUAUCCAACGAUUUUCCUCUUCGAUUUCUGCGAAUCGUACGGCUUAUAGUCACCACUCUUGAUAUAAGUCCCGCUACUUUUAAUUAGUUUUCCUGUUACAAGGUCGUGGCCACGAGAGGAGCGGGUGAAGAAUGUCACAGUUAGUUUUGAUCAAGCUUUAAGUACCUAAAUGUUAUGAGCUCUAGUUAGGAUUAAAAUGGAUGCAAAAAUCUAUCAGACCUACUUGUAUCCAGAUUGUUUUGACCUUUUAUAAUGUUUUGGCGGCUUAAAUACUCUAGUCAAAGCCUAGCCAAAAGUACUACAUACAUUGGAAGCAGCCGUACUAAGUGUAGAUUUGCUGUACCAUACCGCAAUAGGCAUUAUUUUCCUAAUCAUAUUUCUAUGAAAAGAUUAUACAAGAUAAAACUAUUCAAGAAUCCGGAAUUCUGAGAAAAAGCUUAUACAUAUAGUAACCAAAAUAAUCAUAACAAACAUUUCCUCAAGUUCAUUGCCCAACCAUCCCUACCAAACAAAAACACUAAACCACUUUCCUAAACCUCACUUUUAAUGGCCUCGUGACCACAUCGGCGGCGAAAGUAGCGUCUCAAGUUCAAUAGCACGACAUUACGGCAGUGUCGAGCCGACCUGCGCACGCGCCGCAUUACUGCACUACAUGGGGACAUCAUGCGGACUGUGCUAGUUGUUGUCGUCUGUUGUGUUACCAGCGUGUUACCGGCCAGGCAUCUGCCUAAAUGGAAGAAGCAGCCGGUGCGAUUCCGACAGGCGUGCGAGCUGCCGGCCGUGCAGAGCGAGCACAGCCACUACGUGUGCGAUGAUAAGGGGGAGCCCAAGUGUCUGCCGGGCUGGCAGGGAGACCUCUGCGAUGUGCCGAUCUGUAAGAAAGGCUGUGAUCCGCUGCAAGGAUACUGCAAGCGUCCGAAUGAAUGUCGGUGCAAGCUAGGGUUCUACGGGGAGCGAUGCAACAAGUGCAUCCCGCUGCCCGGCUGCCAGCACGGGUACUGCAAUGAGUCCUUCGAGUGCAUCUGCAGGGACGGCUGGGAUGGCCUGUUCUGUUCUGAACCAAUCUGCCGCUCCGACUGCCACGCGACGCGCGGGUUCUGCGAGCAGCCAGGCGAGUGUCGCUGCAAGCUGGGCUGGUCGGGCGCCACCUGCCGCGCCUGCCAGCCGCUGCCGGGCUGCCAGCAUGGCUACUGCGACAAGCCGCUAGAGUGCAAGUGUAUGCCUGGGUAUACGGGCUUGCUGUGUCAGACACCGAUCUGCUCCGCCGGGUGCCACACGGAGCGCGGCUACUGCCGGCGGCCGGGCGAGUGUCGCUGCAAGGUAGGCUGGACGGGCGCCACGUGCGGCGAGUGUCACCGCUACCCCGGCUGCGUGCACGGCGCCUGCAACAAGCCCUGGGAGUGCAUCUGUGAGCCGGGCUGGGGAGGCAUGCUGUGUGAUGAAGAACUCAACUACUGCGACAAGAAUAUAGACACAUGCAAGAACGGUGGCAAAUGCGUCUCCCUAGAAUCCGGUGACGGCUACUUCAAAUGCUACUGUCCACCAGGAGUUACGGGCAAAAAUUGUGAGAUUCUGCCAGAAGCCUCCACGCCAAGCUUAAACGUCACUGAAGAAAACAGCUCUGAGAGUGUGGCGUCCAUUGAACUGGGGAUGUUAGAAGAGGGAAGCACCACGACACCCAGUAAUGGGGAAAAUGAGACUGAGUAAUCAAGUAGCUUUGUACUUAGUAGUUUGAAGUCAUAUUGUAAGUUAGAUCAGGGAGUUGGGAGGCAAAAAUAAGGUACAUACUUAUGUGUUUAUAACUUCGUUUAGUACGCUGCAAAGUUUGAACAGAGCUGGGUUGCUCCAGUUUGUGUAAUAAUCAGUGAUCUGAAGACUAAAGUUCUGCUAGAUUUCGUUAAACGUUACAAAAUGUUACAAGUAGACUUGCUCGAUCAUCCAAAUGAAAAAAUACGGAAGAGUCUUAAAGGUGCAGUAGAAUUGUAAAUACAAUGGAGAAUAAUUUAUCAACAAUUGUACGUACAUGUUUAGGAAAUGAUGUUAACUAUGAUGUAAUGUUAUGUUCGGAUGUUUAUUUGUUUUAUAUUGCUAAUGUUCGUAUUUGGAAAAUUAAACUGGAUACAUUUUAACUAGUUACUUUAUGAAUGGUAACAGAGAUAUCUUUUAAUCGUCUGUUGAUAGGAAUAGAUGAACUAUUAGGUGAAAAUUAUGGGCAUUUUACACACUAAAAUGUUCUGGUAGGAGCUCAGUAGUUAAUGAAAGUUUCAGGGGAAUAAAUAGAGAUAGAAAUAUUUAUAGUGUAUAUUAGGUAUGUUUUUUUUAAAUACGAACGUUAAUUAAAUGUAAUUUAUUAUUUAUUGAUGAAAUGUGUUGUUGUGAAAGUGAAUGUUUAUUUAUUACAUGAUCAAUGUAUGGUUGUUUUGUAUCAAUUAAGGUGUAAGUUAUUUAUUUAAAAUAAAAUUAUUAAAGAAGUAGUGAAAAUA